AUGUGUUAUCCCAUCGACAAUCAGCCCAAACAGAAACUUAGUUACCCACCUGUGCUGGGACAACUUCGACUUGACGGAAGCAACACCAUCAGGUGCAGGUACAACACAUACUGCUCAUGCAUCCAGGAAGUUUCAACUACCAAAGAAAACAUUUCAGAAUCCCCAGAAGAAUUUGAUAAGGCUAGAACAAAGAGCCGAUCUGCGAAAUGCACUUCACAAAACAUUGAGCCCUGCUAUGCAAAAAACAAGGUCGAGCCAAAUAUAACAGUCUCUAAGACAGAAGCAGCUUGCACUCUGGAUGAAACCAGGGCUCAAUCAUCUGACACUCUGUGGUUUUUGUGUCGUUCAGGGGUCCUGCGUCACACUGCUCAGGUUGUCCCUCCAUGGGCAGGGUGGGUGUCAUUGACAGAAACAAGCAAGAAUUCAUCUGUACAGCAAUCUGCUAUUGACUAUAUGGCGCCAGUCUUUGCACCCGUCACCGAAAAUGCGACCGUACAGCAUAUCUUAAAGCUAUCACAACAAGCAUCAUGGGAAGUACAUCAGCAAUACACGGCGGUAACGUUCGAUCUUGCUUUUGCCAACAAAGCCUAUUCUCUUGUGUGGCAGAGUCCAGAAGAAUUCAGUGAUGUAUUUGUACGUAUGGGUAGUUUUCAUCUUACUUGUGCAUUCAUGGGUGCCCUCGGAAAGAAAAUAAGAUGUAGUGGUUUGGAAGAAGUCCUCAUCGAAUCGGGGAUCUGUGCAAGUGGAUCGAUAGAGCAAGUUUUGACAGGUAAACAUUAUAACCGCCCUCUUUGUGUGCACAAGGUUGUCUACGAAGCUUUGGAACGAAUUCUUCUUCAGGUCUAUGAGUCGUUGCAUGGUUGUCUUUUUGAUGAGCAAGGGGUUACAACAUUACACCAUCUAGUGAAGAACCCGUGGAAAGAUAACCUCUUAGCAUGUUUAGCCAGUGAAAGCUGUAAAAGGUCCCUAGACCGUUAUGAUGAAUUCAAAGAAACUGUUCGGCAGGGCGCGCUUGGCAAGACAGCUCAGUUUUGGUUGAGCUACAUGGAAAAGGUAGGCCUGAUUUUACAGUUCUAGCGAGCGACUAAAGAGAAUUGCCUGACGCUUCACCUAGCAAGCCUUCAAAGAAUGUGCAGCCUGUUUUUCGGCUUUGAUCACCCAAACUAUGCAAGAUACUCUGCAUUCUACUUGUUGAAUAUGUUGAACCUGGAAAAAACGCAUCCAGGAGCAGAGGAUCUGUUGAAGAAUAAUGGCUUUAGUGUUAACAGAUCAGAUGUUCCAUCAUCUAGAAAUGCUGUUGACAUAACCAUUGAGCAAACAAUUAACCGUCAUGCGAAAUCUCACAGCAGAAUUGUUGGUUCCAGCUGGGACCAUUCUGCCUACUACAGAUGGUGCUACACUAGACAUGCAAGAGCAAGCUAUCUGCAAGCAACCAAAGAGAUAGCGAAUAUCGACACUCUGGAGUCUACCUCGCACAAGGAGGUAAGAUCUUCGCAGAUACUGAAGAGUGAGCAAGACACGUGUUGCGUCAUGGAAGCGAUAAAUAAUUUUAUCAAUCCUUUCACAAUUGAAGAUAAGGAAUCUACCUGA